CAAAAUUUCUUAUUCGUAGCUGGUGAAGAAAGGAAUGAAAAAGACGUGUAAAUGCCACGGAAUAUCAGCAACGUGUUCUACCAAGACGUGCUGGAAGCAACUUGCUCCAUUCCAAAACAUUUCAAGAUUAUUACAACAAAAGUAUAACAGUGCACUAAAGGUGAAAAUGGAAAACGGAGCUCGUGCGGACGAUGGAUCGGGACUCCUAGUCAAAGAGAAAUUAAAUUCUAGAAAACCACUUCCAACAGAAAUGGUGUACAGGGACCAGUCGCCUGAUUUCUGUAAACCGACUGUAUAUUCACCUGGUACAGGUGGGCGGCGAUGCCAAAAAGACUCAAACUGUGAUAGUUUGUGUUGUGGUAGAGGAUAUGACACCAAAACAGAGGAAGUUGAAUCGAGAUGCCGCUGUAAAUUUAUAUGGUGUUGUAAGGUUGAUUGUGACAUUUGCUAUAACACAACUGAAGUUUAUACAUGUAAACGAUAUGUUCCUCCGUUUUGAGAUCAUCAAAAUCAUCUUUAGAGCAAAAAAAUAUAGAUAAUUUUACACAGAAUAUUUGUGAACAAAGUUUUUGAGUUAGUUUACUCUCGUUCAUUGAUGCUGUAAUGGUAUUGUAUGGAAAUGAUUGUAAAUUCAGUUACUGGUAGUGAGGCGAAAACUACCAUGUCUGCAGUUAAAACUCAACUGAACAACACAUCAAUGGCAUAAGCCUAUACUGGAAUUCGCUUAGCUAUCUGAGGUAAUCUCACAAUUUACAAAAUUAAGCAGAAUAUAAAGUAAAAACGAAGAGAAAUUUGGAAAUUACAUUUUAACACGUGCUCAGGUGCGAGGUUUAUGUUAAUCACCGAUUGGAACCGACCAAGGAUUGAAACUAAACAUUUCUCGUGUCUAUGAAUAUACUUAUUCUCACGCACGAGCAGCUUAGGAGUUUGGGCCGUUUGUGAUCUAUUAGUGAUUUUUAUUGAUUACGCAUCAGGGAGUUUUUAACAUUGAUAUUUUUGUAACCGUCUGCUAUCGCGUGGCAUUCAAUAAGUAGUGGCGAUGUGCAAGUUAAGAAGAACCGCAUUUGUGCAUAUCCACAUGGGCAAUUUCAUGGCUCGAUUUAGCUAUCUGUGUUGUUAUUGUAGUGGUAAACGGUUUCAUUCCAACACACUUCAUUCACAUUUCGCUAAAGUAAGUAAACCUGAAUAUUUUUUAUAACGUAUAUUGAAAAAAAAACCAUUAUCAAGACAAAUAUCAUCACAUCCUGUCAGUAUAUUGACCACUUGGCCACGAUUUAUGUGGGGCUUUUUAUCAAUACAGUAACUGGAAGGUUCAGAGUAACUUUAUUUUAUCUGAAGAGAACCGAAACAAUAAAUACAUAAUGAGGAAUACCUUUUACACUGGCAAUGAAACAAUCAUCAGUGAUCCACAUGAGGCUUUAUUGCAAACAAGCCAACAAGAGUUGCAAAAGCGGUUUAGAAAAUGUGUGCUGUUGGUGACAAUUAUCAACUGCUUGUAAUACACAGUAUAUUAAGCAAAUAUAUCACAAAUGUACUGUUAAUUUGCAGAUAUUGAUUUCAAUGUUUUAUCUGCCCUGACCAAGUUGUCGUGCAGGUAGAGAACUUAAACUGAGUGCCUAACUCGCAGUCUAAUGAAAAAAAUAUUUAUUUUAAGUUAAGUCCCACCAUAGAGAAACUAGAACACUUUUGUAUGAUCCACUUCUGUAUGGUCCUAGAAUAGUAAUUGGUUUCACCAUAUCGCACAAACAAGUGAUAUAAAUAUUUUAUAUCUAGGCAGUACAACUCGAGUUAAUUUCACCACAUCGCACAACAUGGUGGAAUUAAUAUCAAUACAUCGCAGAGCAUAGCAAUUAUAUCAACUUCUAUUACUGGUCUACUGAUAUGCUUGUAAUGUACACUGUGAUUUCAUAAUAUCUUACAACACUCACUGUCAGAUCAAUUAAGUUGCUGUGUGGCCUAAAUCGUGAAUUAAUGUCAUUUCCGGUGGCCUGAUGAAAUCAAUUCAAUACCUGCUGUACAAUAAGCCCGCUGCAACUUAAACUGAUCUGAGCAAACUUUCACAUCAGAUAAAUUAAAGACAAAGGUUUUGUUCUAGGUCUAAUUACAGUUGGCCCAAUAUAUUCAACAUAAAGGGGAGUAUAUUAAUGUUCUGGGAUAGUUUCUAAGUAUAUGUGUCUCCAUAUCUCAAACUCUUGAUAACUAGUACACCUUCGACACAAGAAUUACUGGGGGCUCUAUAUCGAAAUAAAAUGUUAAGUUUUGUACUGCAAAGUACAGCAAAUUCCUGAAGAUAAACUUCUAAAAUUUACUGUAUCUAUGGACCCAAGUUAGUACAAACUUAGUAGAGUGUAUGAUCGAUAGCGCCCAAUCCAUGGUUCUACACGAUGGAUGCAAAGUUCAGUCCUCAGUGACUUUUAUCACUUAACUGGUUUAAGCUCAACUGAAGUUAAAAUAAAUGACUAUUUAGCAUUCGUUCCUGGUAAUGAUCUAAUUAAAGAUCGAAAUAUUGAAUCACAAUGACGAGUCUUACUUUAUUUGGAGUAUGUUUUAUACUAAGUUACUCUAAAACUUAUCAGUGAACCUACUGGUUUCUAGCUAGAUCUACACAUAAGACAACAGGUACUGUAAUCAAAUGUAGACCUAUAAGAUAUUAGCUCUCAAUUAAAAUUAAAAUCGAAAAAAGGAACACAUUUUCUCUUUAGAGGUCCUUAGAUUGGCUGACGGUUAAUUUAAGGAUUUUCGUAGUAAAUCGUCCAAAGGCCUAAAUCAAGGAAAAUUUAAUUAUUUCGAUAUGAGUUUUGAUGGAAGUUGACAAUUUAAUUGAUUAUUUUAAAAUAAGUGAAUUCUAAGUUUUAAUUAACUAUUUGAGAGAUAUUUUCUAUAUUUUAUCACAGACAAUUUCGAAGUAAAUGAUGUUCAAAUUAUACUGAUCUACAUGACAUGUGACCGGGUGAUAGUUUCCGUUGUUAUGCUUUCAAAUAAAAUUGUCAAUUGAAACGACAAUCCAAGUACAGAGAAAACUUAAAACCGGAAACUGACUUACCAAUCAUUGAUCGUUAUUACUAACUUAAAAUGAGAGAAUACAGUACGCUGGAAUACUAGAGGCCUAGGAAAAGUAGUGUUAACUUUGUGAUACUUAUUUUAUGCAUUUACUCGAUGUUAUACAUAUCCUAACAUUGUACACUCCGACUGUAAAUUAUGAUAUUAAAUCUUGAAUAGAUUACGGAUUUUGCUCAUAAAUACAGUGGUUUUUAAUAUAAAAAUAAAUCGUAUUUAUUGUAUAUUAGUGAUGCUUGACCAAAGCUUAGGUCAACCAUUUUGUAUAAGCAAUGUAAAAUAUUAAACUUUAUAUAAAUGUUUUUGUUGUAUAUGUGAAACAUGAAUAUAUAUUUAUAUAUGUGACUUCUUUAUUUUAUAAUAUCCUGAAGGGAGUUAGAGGUUAGAGUCCACAGCCGAAUGUGUGUUGAUAAAAAUAUGUGAGAAUAAAUUAAUUCAACUACUUCUAUUUUAUGCGUGUAAGAUAAUUAUCUGUUGAACUUGUACAUUAAAAUUGAGAUAAGAGGGCUUGGAAACGUGUAAUGUAGAUUCCACGUUAAGUAGCCUAAUUAAGAGGCACAAAUACCGUUCACUUUUUGAAAAUUUAUUAAAUGAUUGGUUCAAAUCCUAAAUAA